AUGGUGGGAUCAGGUUCCGCAGGUGGAGAUUUACGAACUCCACAGUUCAAUGGUUCAAACUAUGAUUUUUGGUCAUUACAAAUGGAGACUAUCCUCAUAGCAUAUGAUCUAUGGGAUGCAGUGGAGAUUGGAAUACAACCACAACCGAUUAUUGAGCAGGAAGCAGGCUCUGAAGGCACUGGAGAUGAAGAGAGUGAGCCUGAGCAAAUUCCAGUGGAAGCACCUACUAUCUCCAGAGAAGAUAAGAUCAAAAAUGCCAAGGCUUUGAGUCUUAUUCAAGGAGCACUAUCAGAUGAACUCUUUCCACGCAUCAGAAAUGAGAAGACUGCAAAAGGUGCUUGGGAAAUUCUACGAAGCGAGUUCAGAGGAGAUAAAAAGGUAAGAACUGUGAAAUUACAAGCUAUUAGAGCUGAUUUUGAAUAUUUGAGAAUGAAUGAUGUUGAAUCUCUGGAUGACUACUUGGCUCGAUUUUUUGAAACUGUAAACAACCUAAAAUCUCUAGGAGAAGAUGUAACAGAUAAAAGGAUUGUUCAAAAAUUGUUGAUGAGUCUAAGUGGGAGGUACAAGUCCAUAGUGUCAAUCAUUGAAGAAACUAGAGACCUCGACACUAUUAGAGUUGAAGAAAUUCUUGCAUUUGUCAAAGUCUAUGAUAAGAGAGAGGAUCUACAUGAUGAAAGGGAUAAAUUGGCAGGAACUGAGAAAGCUUUUAGCAGUCUUAGAGUUAGAAAGAAUCAAGCUUCUGGAGCUAACAAAAGUUCUCAGGGAAAGCAAAAUCAAAAAUGGCAAGGACAGAACAAAAAGGGCUCAAAUUGGUCUCAAGGUGGAAACUUUAACAACAAUAAUGGCUCAAAUUGGAAUAAUGGCUUUGGAGGGAAUUGGAACAACAGUUUCAAUUCACAAAACAAGCAAGGAAGUAGCAGUCAAGGAGGUGUGAAACCACAGUGCCAAGUCUGUCAGAAGUUUCAUUUUGGUGUGUGCAGGCACAAAGGCAAACCUAGAUGUGGAAAAUGCAUUAGGUUUGGUCAUUUAACUAAGGACUGUGACAAUGGCAAACAAGUUGCAAACUGUGCAAAGGAGGAAGAGGUAACCACAGAAACAAUGUUCUAUGCUUGUCAUGCAAGUUCAAUUGCAUAA